AUGCCACGAAGUCUCGGUGCACUCCCCAGGGGUCUUCUGUACGGCGGAGAGAGGGGAUGGCCAGAGUGUUCUGUCCCAGGUGACUACGUGGGUCUUGGAGUCGAUAACAUCGUCGGCGCCAAGAUCGUCGGCGCCAAGAUCGUCACAGCCACUGGUGACCUGGUUGAGGCCAGCGGAGACGUGCCCUGGGCCCUGAGAAGGGCCGGCGGAAAUCUUGGCAUUAUCGCCGACACCAAGGUCCAAGUCUACCCGAUGACGAAAAUCCAGGCCGGUUUCAUGGUCUAUCCAUGGGAAGAGACAUCUAAGGUCCUCAAGGGCCUGCAAGACCUAUUGGAUGCCGGUGUGUCCGACAAGCUUUGCAUACAAGCGGGAUUCAGCAAGGGAGAUUGGAGUCUCGGCAUGGCCCUGACCUACAUCUGGCCUAAAGCCGAGACCACAGGAACCGAAGGCCAAGAGUGGCUGCAGAAGCUGAAAGAUCUUGGCACUAUGAUUUUCGAUACGAUCCACGAGACAACAUACAAGGACUUCCAAGCUUCUGUAUCUGACCAGAUCAGUGAGCCGGUAUAUGUGUCGACGCGACAUGUGAGCAUUGAGAAGUUCACGGAGAAGACCUUGGCACAGUUAACCAGUGUUUGUGAGGCGAUGCCAGACGAGGCGUCAUGCACGAUCAGCGUCAAUAUCUUGCACGGCAAGGCCACUAAACCAAAAGCCUCCUCAUCUUUCGGGACUCGCAAGCCACUCAUCAUGUUUCACAUCAACGCUGUCACUGAUGAGGACUCAACCGAGAAGAUUGGCGUUGAAUAG